UGUGCCGGGAGAGCUGAGCGAGCGAGCGAAGCGGGAGGAGAGCCGCCGGGCGCUCGGCACGCUCCGCUCCUUCCUUCCCUCCCUCCCUCCCCGGCGGCCAAGUGCUGCAGCAAGUUUUGCCGAGCACCUGUGCGAGCAGCUCCGAGCCCGGUCCCCCCGAGGGGGCUGCGAGAGGGGCAAGGUGCCCGCCGGCGGGGCCGAGCCCGCGCUGCCUCCCUCCCGCUUUCCUCUCCGCCUUCGCCUUCGCCUGGCUCCCGUUCGCCUCGGCUCCUCUAUGUCCGAUCCGCUUUCCGCGCCCGGCGCCGGAGGAAAGUGACAAAGCUUCGUGAAUGUACAGCAUGAUGAUGGAGACGGACUUGCACUCCCCCGGCGGAGCCCAGGCCCCCGGCAGCCUCUCGGGGCAGAGCGGAGCGGGAGGAGGCGGUGGCGGCGGCGGCGGCGGCGGCGGGGGUAGCAAAGGCGGCCAGGACCGGGUGAAGCGCCCCAUGAACGCCUUCAUGGUGUGGUCGCGGGGCCAGCGGCGGAAGAUGGCCCAGGAGAACCCCAAGAUGCACAACUCGGAGAUCAGCAAGCGCCUGGGCGCCGAGUGGAAGGUGAUGUCGGAGGCCGAGAAGCGGCCCUUCAUCGACGAGGCGAAGCGGCUGCGGGCGCUGCACAUGAAGGAGCACCCGGAUUAUAAAUACCGGCCCCGGCGGAAGACCAAGACGCUGCUCAAGAAGGACAAGUACUCGCUGGCCGGGGGGCUGCUGGGCGCCGGCUCGGCCGGGGGCGGCCCGGCGGGCGUCGGCGUGGGCAUGGGCGUCGGCGUCAGCCCCGGCGGCGUCGGGCAGCGCCUGGAGAGCCCCGGCGGCACGGCCGGCGGCGGCUACGCGCACAUGAACGGCUGGGCCAACGGCGCCUACCCGGGCUCGGUGGCGGCGGCGGCGGCGGCGGCGGCGAUGAUGCAGGAGGCGCAGCUCGCCUACGGCCAGCACCCGGGCGGCGGGGGGCACCCGCACCACCCGCACCCGCACCACCCGCACCACCCGCACAACCCGCAGCCCAUGCACCGCUACGACAUGGGCGCGCUGCAGUACAGCCCCAUCUCCAACUCGCAGGGCUACAUGAGCGCCUCGCCCUCGGGCUACGGCGCCCUGCCCUACGGCUCCCAGCCCCACCAGAACUCGGCGGCGGCGGCGGCGGCGGCGGCGGCGGCGGCGGCCGCCUCCUCGGGGGCGCUGGGCGCGCUGGGCUCGCUGGUGAAGUCGGAGCCCAGCGUGAGCCCGCCCGUCACCUCGCACUCGCGGGCCCCGUGCCCCGGGGACCUGCGGGAGAUGAUCAGUAUGUACUUACCGGCCGGGGAAGGCGGCGAUCCGGCGGCCGCCGCCGCCCAGAGCCGGCUCCACUCCCUGCCCCAGCACUACCAGAGCGCCAGCACGGGGGUCAACGGCACCGUCCCCUUGACGCACAUCUGAGCCGGCCCCGGCCCCGGCACCGGCACCGGCAACGG